UCAGCACCACCAGCAAGGGGAAGAACGAAGGAGCUUAAUUUAGAAGUCAAACAACGGAGUAAAGAAGUCAUUAGCAACCAUCUCGUCUGCCUGGCCUUCACUGCCACCACCAUCACCACUACCCUAUAAGUACUGUACAUUGUGUUCCUGAUGGCCAAGGCAGUCGGCGGUGGGAAGGAUGGUGUGACGCAGCCCACUGCACCCUUUGCCACCCUUGCCUCCAUGGGUGAUGGCCUCCAGUUGUCCCCUGCUGCUGUAAGUGUCAUGGUGGAGGGCCGUGUGGAGCCGUAUGAACUGGUAGAGCUCUUCUAUGGGAGCGGCAGUGGCACCCCAACGUCACCACCUGGCCAUGUCCCGCAGGUGUCACCCCAGCACUCCACAGGCACCUCCUCCCCAGAAGUCAUGCAGGUGAUUCACCCCAGGGUGGACGUGGAGAGGGCUGUCCCGGGGCCAUACACUUGUGGGGUCUGUGGCCGAGCCUUCAGGGAGGCGAGUCACUACACCAAACACAAGCGUGGUGCCCUGUGCCGUAAGCUGGCUCAGCGGAUGGCCAAGAAGAACAAGAAGAAGAGGGCCGGCAACAAGCAGGACUGGCCUGACCGUGUCCGGCAGACGGCGCCCCAGAAGCCGUAUGAGUGCACUGUGUGUGGCGCCAAGUUCUGUGACCGUGGCAAUGUGGAGCUUCACUUGGAGAGGCGGCACCACACCCGGCAAAAGCUGUGGGUCAUGGCGGUGCAGGGAGGCGGCUGCUGCCCAGAGUGUGAACGCUGGUUCCCCAACAGGAGUGAACUGGAGCAACACCAGCGGCAGCACCAGCCUGCCUACCUGAGACCUGUACAGCCCAUCACCACCACCACCACCGCUACCACCACUGCUGCCCCCGGUGUGGUGUACUACCCUGAGCCCCUCCAGCAGGUGACCUCUUACCCUGCUCAGGCCCCACCUCCAGGCCCUCACCUCACCCCCCAGGCCCCCCCUCCCCCUCCCCCUCCCCCUCCUCAACCUCCAGCCACAGCUCAAAUGCAUGCUAGCAUGGCCACAACACUCCUUCAUCCUCCCCAGCUGGGGCCACCUCCCUCACUCAUUCCAGUGAGCUCUGCCCCUGCACUGGCUCCCCCAGCUCCUGCCCAUCCUCCCAUGGCCACCCUCCCAUCACCAGAAGUGGGGGAGGCAGCAACCAAGGCCUCACGAAGCAGCCGUGCAGUGCGUCCAGGUUCUGCUAAGUGGAACAUGUGUGGGGACUGUGGCCACCGCUUUGUGGACCCCAUCAACCUUGAGCUUCACCUGCAGCGGCGCCACCCAGCCUCCCGCCUGCUGGACACCAUCACCAUUGCAGGCAACACCAUGCUGUACCGCACCGACCACACUCGGCCAGACUUGAAUGCUGUGGCAAUGACAUCUCGAAACAACCUGCCUAGCAACCAGACGUACGAAUGUCUGCUGUGUGGCUUCAGAGCCACCAUGCACAGCCUAGUCACUAACCACCUCCAGAGUGUCCACGGCACUGCCAACUCUAACUUGAUUCACGUCACAGAGACCCCAGAGCCCACACGCAAGGCAGUGCGGGGCAGCCAGGCCCGACAGAGCACCAAGGACCAUAAGGAGAGACACGUGUGUGAGGCCUGCGGGGAGGUGUUCCCCCUGAGGGUGGAGCUGAUCAGGCACCGGGUGAAGGAAAAGAAGUACAGGUGUGGGGUGUGCUGCCUGGCAUCCUGUAGCCAGGAGCAGGUCUCUGCCCACAUGGCUGCCCAGCACCCUGGCACACCCACCACCACCACAGGCUUGGCGUGCUGGCUGUGUGGCACGUUGGUGUACUCUGCUGCCACUCUGGAUGAGCACCUGAAGAGCCACGGCAUCCUAAGGGCUGAGUGUGUGGAGUGCAGGGAGUGUCGGGCUGGGCUAUCAGACCUGCUGUCUCACCUCAGGACCCACCUACCCCUACAGCCCUCCAGGGUCCGCCUCUCCCUGUCCCAGACUGGCCAGCCAACAACUACUCAAGAGGUGGAAGUGGCACUAGAUGGCUCCGUGUACAGCACCACCAGUCAAGAUGCAGCCCCUGGAGGGGACACCCCAACAGCCUGGGCAGCUCUGGCUUAUGCCUGCAGUGAGUGUGGAGCAUGCCUGGCUGGGGCAGCACAGCUUGAGGCUCAUCUGCAGGUACAUCAAACCAGCCAAGUCCCUCACCCAGCCACCUCCACUCACUCCAAUACCACCACCACCAAUGCUGCUGCUGCUGUUGCUGCCACCACCCUCACCACUCCAGCCACGCCCUGCCUGGCUGGGGCAGGGGUGUCCCGUGUGCCGGGGUCCCUGGAGUUUCGUUGCGAGGAGUGUGGGUUCUGGCGCCAGGAUGGGGAGCCGGUGAUGAAGCACAUCCAGGCAGUGCACAUGUCUGGCAACAUGCUGCACUCUGUCAGGCUUCCCUCAGGCCUUCUGCAAGUUCACCCCAUCCAGGUGGUGACCCCCAUCAGCACCCUGGCUUCACAGUGACCCCCACCACACCUUACCCAUAGGGACUGUUCUUAUCCCCUUAUGAAGACUUUGUUAUGCACUUGUUAGUUAUUUGAGGUGCCCCUGACAGUAAGACACAGUGUCUGUGCUGCCCCAGUGUUCUCCCCCAGCAGGUCCUGGGUGGGUGCACACCACUCUAAGAGAAUGUUUUGUGCAGUAAAAUGAUGAGCUGGAAAAGGAUCUGUGUAUGAAGGUGAAUCUUGAGAUCAGUGUAGCAAGCAGGAAUGUGUGUGUGUGUGUGUGUGUGUGUGUGUGUGUGUGUGUGUGCGUGUGCUUGGCAGACAGUAAAUAGCAUCUUUAUAUAACACAUGUCACAUUUUUAAAAUGUUUUAAGCCUUGUGCUGGAACUCAAUACGGGUAAAAUCAGCUGGAAAACGGGGAAGUGUAAGUGUGUAUGUGAAAGAGAAUAACAAGCAAUCCUACCUCAUCUUCCAGGAUGAUAGGCACUGUAUUGUUGCACUGGGUUUAGAUAAAUUGAUCUGUUAAGUAAUACAUAUAUACUGUAAAUCAGCUCACACAUACACACACACAUACACACACACACACACACACACACACACACACACUGUGUAGUGUAGUGGUUAGCACGUUCAGCUCACAACCAAGAAGGCCUGGGUUUGAAUCCCAGGAGCGGCGAGGCAAAUGGGCGAGCCUCUCGAUGUGUAGCCCCUGUUCACCUAGCAGCAAGUAGGUACGGGAUGUAACCCGAGGAGUUGUGACCUCGCUGUCCUGGUGUGUGGUGUGUAAGUGGUCUCAGUCCUACCCAAAGAUCGGUCACUAUGAGCUCUGAGCUCUUUCCGUAAGGUAAUGGCUGGCUGGGUGACCAGCAGACGACUGUAGGUGAAUCACACACGCACGCACGCACACACACACACACACACACACACACACACACACACACACACACACACACACACACACACACACACACACACACACACACACACACACACACACACACACACACACACACACACAUUGGUAUCACAUUCAAAAUCACUUUUUUUUUUUCUUUUUUUUUUCUUUUUUCUUCUGUACUUCCAUACCUCCUUUGGCUGGCUGGAAUCUUGCAUCUCACACAACACUAACAUGUAGGAAAAUGAGCCAUCACUAGUGGCAACCCAGCACUGCCAGGAUGAAGGGUGUAGCUUAGCUCUUGUGCUUAGUGCGGCAAGUGGGAGGCAGUAGUGUGGACGAUAAGAUAGAAUUUCACUAUUGUAUGAGUUCCCUUCAUGAAGAUUCUCACAUGAUUAUUUCACCCCAAAUAACUCACCCUUACCUUAUCUGACCUUCCUAACCUAAUCUAACCUAAUUUAUGACAAAUAUUUGGGAGGAAAUCUUGUGGGUUGAAUGUUUGCAAGGGAAAUUUUCUUAGUGGAAGUUGGCAUUGUGAGGCUCUAGGCAUCACAGUAAUUACCACCACCACCACUGCCAUGCCCCAGCCCUGGAUGCACAUGACACCAGUCCUUACCUGUUAUAUUAGCAGGAGUGUACAGUGUUGAUUGCUAAGUUACAUGGUACAUAGAGUUAAGGUUUUCCCCCAGCUCUUCUUCACCUUGUUCAGGUAUCAGGAUUGUAAUUGAGUGACAGCUACCAGAUGGAUCCAGAUGGAGGGCGAUGAAUCUCUCAAAGUCUUUUUGAUAAUUUUGUAAGUGUUUUGUGUGAAGGCUGGUGAGAUGGGAUGGGUUGUGUGUGUGGGCUUCUGUCACCUGAAUUUUGUUGAGCAGUCCUCAAACUCUGACUUGCUUGUAUACAUGUACUUCCAGAUGACUGUAAAUAUUACUUUUGGAUCAUGACUGCAUUGCAUGUAAUAUGUAUGAAGGUAUGUACAAAUGUAUGCAAGCACACAGGCCCACAUGGAAACCUCUUUUAUGUAUAACCAUGCAUUUUUAUAUUUGAUUCUUGCAAUGUGAGGUCCAACACACACACACACACACACACACAGAUACAGCAGUUAACUAAACUUAUCAUGUUUUCAUUUCAUAUACCUAUAUGUUUCUUUUUCUCCAUUUAUGAUAAAGAUGUGACAAUAUCCUUUACACAUUACAUGCUGCUGCUGGCUAAACUGAUGUUGAAGCCCUAUCCCCUGCUGCCUUCCCUGUCAAUGUGGCAGCUGAUUAGUGCACUCACUAUGUUCUUGUCUCAUUUGCAAAUUUUUGUAUUCAAGAUAUUUUUAAGCAUCUUUUUAAUUAGCAUUGUGUUAAACUAAAAAAAAAAUUUCAAAGAUAUCAAUAGGGAAAAUAAUAAUGAUAUGAAAGUAUUAAUAUUCAGAAAAAUUGUGAGAACAUACAACAAAUCAUUUACAUGAAUUCAUUCAUGUGAGUGUUGGCAUGCAUCACGUUUUCGUGGUGUGUGUUGGCAGUCAGCUGACAGGCAGGUAGAUCAGCAUGCCCUGCAAUGACUACAUAUGGAUAACACCACUGUCUCCUAAAGGAUUGCAAUAUUCCACAAAGGUUAGAACAGAGGUUGUUUUCAUUGUUUAUCAAAUUUAAUCUUAACCUUCUCUUCUCUUCCAUUCCCUUGUUGCAUUCACAUAGAAGCCAGAUGCAAACUACAGAUUCAGUUGUGUGUGUGUGGGGGAAGGGGGAAGAGGGCAGUUGUGUUUUAUUCCUUCAAAGUAAAUACAAGCAUUCCAGAUAGGGUAGAGGUGAUAGACACACACCACAGCACUGAGGUGGCACAAAAAGGACCAGUACAGGAAGGUGAUAAAGCCUGGAAUUUUGCUUGUGUUUUUGCCUUGUUUGUCCAGUCAUGAGCCUUGUUUGUCCUGCAUUGGAAUUACAGAUGAUGGUAAUAGUGAUGUUUAGAUAAUGUUAUAAGGCUUAAAGAGAGAGAGAGAGAGAAGAGACCAAGAGCACCACUUAAUUGUAUUUCAUCUAAAUGUUCAAAGUAAUGUGAGGAUCUGUGUUAAACUUUAGAUGCACAUUAUGUAGUUUGUUUUUAUUGAGCUUUGUAAAUAGAUAGCUGGGGCUCUGUGUGUGUGUGUGUGUGUGUGUGUGUGUGUGAGAGAGAGAGAGAGAGAGAGAGAGAGAGAUUCACACAUCCAAGGGCAUUGUUUUGUCAAAUGUUAAACACUUUGUAAAGUCUCAACAUGAAAUGGUUGUAAAAGUUUUCAUAUUUU